UCUCACUUCCACUUUCUUCUCUUUCGCUUUUGCUCUGUUCACUCAGAGCAUAAACCCUAAAAAGAGAGGAACAAGAAACUAAAAAAAACACGAACAUGAUGUUGUUGGGGAAGAGACAGAGAUCAGAGAUAAAGAGAACCACGAGCCUGUCGAAGAUAAAAUUCGAUUUGAACCUACCUUGCGAACCAGAGGAGCCGUCCGAUCAUCAACAUGUUCAGACGUUGAGUCCAAGGAAAAGUAAGCUCGUGGCCGUUGAUGAACAUCGCCAGGUUCAUCAUGGUUUGUUAGAUCAACGGCUCUUAGCGAUGGUCUCGCCGAGAGGUACACAGAGGAGACACUCAGAAGAUUACUCCACUCACGCCAGAGAUUUUCUGAGGUGUUGCUCUCUCUGUAAACGUCAUCUUGUUUCCGGCCGAGACAUCUAUAUGUAUAGAGGAGAUAGGGCGUUUUGUAGCUUAGAGUGCAGGCAACAGCAGAUUACGGUGGACGAGAGGAAAGAGAAGGGCGUCGUUAGGUCCACCGUCGCCGCCGGAUCCGGCAAAGGAGAGAGAGUUUCCGCCGCCGUGUAGGUCACCUUAACAACUAUAUAUAUUUAUAUCCGUAUGUUGUAUAUGGUUAUUAUUAUUAUGUCUAAAAGCAUAUUGACCGUGAUUAACCUUGUUAAUCAUCUUAAGCUUUGCUUAAACUUAAUUUAAGAGUUAAGACUA